AUGUUCGCGUCCAUGUUGCAGUGGGCUCUAGAGGUUGGGCUGCUGGUCCAGACACAAACGUCGAAGCCCCGCGGCAUCUUUCGAAGCCAAAGCAGCUCAUCCAAGAAAAAGCUGAAGAAAGACCGGAAAAACGGCUCCCGGUCGGACCGACGCCUCUUGCAGACUGAGCACACAGACACAUGCCAAGUGUCGCCGGAUAUGGCAGGCGCGCUCUUCCAUCAAGUCGUGGAGAGCUGUCGAGAGUACAUGGCUACAUUGCUACAAGACGCACAAGUUCGUCUUCCACCUAGCCAGUAUGAGACGAAUGUACUUGGACUUGAGGAGGCCGAACUGAGCGCCAGGGCCGCCAAGAACGCGCUGCCGUUUGCACGAAACAUGUUGCCACACGAGCCCAUGGAGGCCUUGACGCUGCUUAAGUUCGAAAUUGACUUUUUCAAGCCUGGCAAUACCGUCAACCAUGUGGCCAGUAUGAAGAAGGUUUUCUUCUCCGUUGUACGCUCGUCGAACGGACGUGUAGCCAAGAUCCCGGACUGGAAGCCCGAAGACGGCAAGAAACCCGAGAGAGACGAAGGAGAGCGACCGCCAAAGACUUUCCGAGUCGUGGUCAAGCGCCUGACUAUCCACGCGGACGCUAUUGAGGCUUUCCGACAAGAAGUGGAGAGCUGGGUCGCCAUGGACCAUCCGAAUUAUCUGAGUCGCCAGCGACAAGUGCAGGCGGACAAGAGACGUAGAAGAGACAGUGAUCAACUAGAGCAGCCGUGGCCCUACCGCAACCAACGCCACGCACUGUGGAGUUUGUUCCUCCAAGCUGCGAGUGGCUUGAAGUAUCUGCACGAAGACAAGAAGCUGGUGCAUGGCAACUUGAAGAGCGCCAACAUCCUCGUUGCUGCCGAUGGCCAAGUGAAGCUGACGGACUUUGGCCUGGGCAUUCUGGCGCUGCAGAACCAAGCGAUACAGAGCGAAAGAUUCCACGAACUUGGCUGGAGAGCGCCAAACUGCUGGAAGGACAAGAAGCUACUGCGUCGCCCUGGUUUCCAAGACGAUAUCUAUUCCCUUGGCCUGUGUGUGCUGGAUGUGCUGGUGGCGUCGCGGUCGUCGAUUGCAAAGGGAGAGAUAAAGUGUGUGGGCGAUGAAGAGUUUGACCCGUUGGACAAGAGCGUGUCGGAGCUCAUUCAUGACGAGAGGCACAGGAAACUCGUCGAGGACAUGUGUCAGCCCAAGCCGGGGGAUCGACUGCAGCUGACGGACGUCAUCAAGCGCAUGGAAGAAAUGCGGGAGGCAGCUGCGAGAGAGCCGAUGGACUCGAGCGAUUGCUGCAUGCUUUGA